UGCUUUCCAGGUUUGGGGGUUAUGUUAUCCCUAACAGAGUAAGUUAGGGAUUUAUUUUGUUAUACAGUUGAAUUUGUAUUGACUGGAGGAUUAGGGUGCGAAAGAGACAACCCGCUGUUUAAAAUACACUAUUAUUUUUUUCCGAAUUAAACCGGAUUAACAAGCUAUACAAAAAUUCUAAAUAUUUCCCUCGGUAAUAUGCGAAUAAAUUAACAUAGAAAACCAGUUUAACCGGUGUUUAAGAGACUGUAUAGAGUGGUUUAGACUCCAAGAUCACAGUGUUGUUUAAUCCCAUAUCGACCGGCGGUGGUAUUUUUUACGAACAACUUCAUCAAAUUCAAAGAUAAAGGAAUCAUCAACAAACCGAUAUAAUGUCAGUAAUUGGAAAGCCAAUUUUAUAUUCGUAUUGGAGAAGUUCUUGUAGUUGGAGAGUAAGAAUUGCUUUAAAUUUAAAAGAAAUCCCAUACGAGAUUAAACCUGUCUCAUUAAUAAAAUCGGGUGGAGAACAACAUUCAAAUGAAUAUCGUGAGGUAAAUCCAAUGGAACAAGUCCCAGCUUUACACAUUGAUGGGCACACUUUGGUUGAAUCCUUAAACAUCCUUCAUUACUUGGAAGAAUCCCGCCCUCAACGACCAUUAAUGCCACACGACGUCAUAAAAAGAUCAAAGGUACGUGAAAUAUGCGAAGUAAUAGCUUCUGGAAUCCAACCCCUCCAAAACUUGAUAGUUUUGAUACACGUGGGGGAAGAAAAGAAGAACGAAUGGGCCCAACAUUGGAUCACCAGGGGAUUUAGGGCUGUGGAAAAAUUGCUUUCGAGUAGUGCGGGGAAGUAUUGUGUUGGAGAUGAUGUUACUUUAGCUGAUUGCUGUUUGAUUCCGCAAGUUUUUAAUGCGAGGAGGUUUCAUGUGGAUUUGAGACCGUUUCCUAUUAUUCUUAGGAUCGAUAGAGAAUUGGAAAAUCAUCCGGCGUUCCGAGCUGCUCAUCCAAGCAGCCAACCUGAUUGUCCUCCAGAAGCAACGAAGUAAUUUUUUUUUAAGAAUACUGGUAACUCUUUUGUAAUAUAGUUUUAUGUUAAUUAUCAAAUACAGGUGGUUACAUUUAGAGCGAAAAACUUAAUAUUUCAAAUUUAUUAAAAAUCUUAUUACUUUUUAUAAAAUGGUAAAUAAAA